UUCUACCCCUCAGCGCUCAGCAACAAAACCGCACAUCACAUAAAUUUCAUGUUGGAGAAUCAAGUGAAAGACUGAGCAGGAAACUAUUUUCUAAAGAACACGGGAAAAAUGCUUGUGACAUGGUAUUGACACCAACAUGUUCACCAACAGGUUACUACAUCAACCCACAAGUUAAUGAAAAGAUUGCCUUUAUAGCAAUUGAUGGGAACCAAUUCGCCACAAUGUUUAUCGAGAAUGUUCAAGCCAAAACAAUGUACGUUCUUGACCGAUGAAGUGGAUGUGGCAACAUACAUAUUUUUCAAAAAAGAAUCAUCACUAGAUGAUGGCUUCGACACAUUGGUCAAAAGAGAUUUGGAUAUUUGCGAUGGAAAUAGGAAUUCACUUUUCAAUUUAAGUCCUAACAGAAUGAUCGAGCAAGAUGUAAGUUCAACAUUCUUCAACUUUACUAAAAGUAACCGUAAAAGGCUAAUGGUUAGGCUCGUCACUAUAGGUUAUUAACUUAUAUGUAUCUGUACUCACCUUGAAAGAAAGGCUGACUUCCAAGUACAAAGGCCGGCAUUGGUUUUUGCCGACUACAUUUUCAAUAAAGAUAUUAAUACAACGUACAAAUGUUUAUUUUUAACACCAAAUUAGGAGUUAUGAAUACUUUAUUGUUUUCAAUUUUACAACAAUUAAUUUUGACUUGGAAUGCUCCCAUACAAAAAACUCGUUCACAAUAUAAACAUAGAUUUAUUGAAGUUAUGCAAGGUACAAAAGUUUUUUAUAUAAAAUCUUCCACGUUCUUAAAUUUACUAUGAAAAAGGAAUCACAUAAUGUUUAGAAGUUAUUAACUUAUUUUACCUUAGGUCUUUGUUCCGAUGAAUGAUGGAAACUUUCACUGGUAUUUGCUCGUAAUUGAUAUUGAGAAGCAAGAAUUGAUAUAUCUCGAUUCGUGUCUUGAUUCGUCACGAAUGAAACUAAGAGGUGGAAGCAUCAGAUAAGUGGGAAAUAAUUAUCAAAGUGCAUCAUAUUUUAAGUAUGCACCAUGAUUCUUAAAAGGUUAUUUAGUCCUUUAUUUAAGACACAAUAUAUAAAAGACAUGCUACACGAUUGUUCUUUCUACGAGUUUAAACAAACAAGUAGACAUGUGAUUUCACAGUUCAAUCAUGUCACACCAACUGGAUUAAGCCGUCAACAGCCUGGAUCGUAAAUUUUGUCAUAUUAAAAAAAUUAUCAAGUACAUACUUAAUUCAACGUUUUCCGAUUUUUAACAUUAUAACACAAAUGAUUGUGGAGUGGGGGUUUGCACGUGGAUGAUGUCAAUGAGAAGUGAUGAAUACAAGACUGAGGUAAAACAUAUCAUUGACAAACUUUAAUCUACAAAGCUAAAACAGGUUGAGCUUAAUUACGUGAUAAUUUCCUUAAAAUUUACAUGUUGAUGAUAGUAUUGGAUUUGACUUUAGAUGAAUUCAACAAUCUCCGUGAGGCACUCUUGAAGAAGUCAAACGAGCACAUGGUGGAGUUUGAUAUUGAUUAAUUCAAUACAUAUAUGAAUUACACUAUUUGAAUUAGUUCCCAUAUUUAUUUUUAUUGAUUAGUUACAAUUUCUUAUGAUUGCUCCUGAGAUAUCAUCAUCAUUUUCAUUUACCCCAGUGCCGCAAAAGCUCCCACCUAUGGUGGGACUCCUGAGAUAUGUUAGAAUUUUUUAGUUGCAAUUUCGUGAAUUCUCUAUUAUUGACGCUUUAUUACACUUGGUUUUCUUUAUUAAUUAUUGUUAUAUUUCAGUUUUUCUAUUCAUUUAAAACUGUCAGUACUCUUUGCACUGCACAUGAACAUGAAAAUGUUUGUUAAAGGUUUAUAAAGGUUUAAUUACUUUUUCAGUAUGAUCUAUUUGACUGUUUUACCAAAUUUUUAUAUUCUUUGAUUAAUUUAUUGUUAUAUUUCAGAUUUUUCUAUUUCGCGUAUAUGCUUUGCAUUAAUGUGUUUCCCACGACUUUAGGUAGUUAUUUAAUAUCUAGUUGCCACCAAAAUUCAUUGCAUUAAUGUGUUUCCCAAGACUUUAGAUAUUUAUUUGACUCUGCAAUCUUCUUUCCUUACAUCUCAAUAAAAUCUCUUUCCACUCCGAGACACUAUAAUCCUCAAUAUGGUAUCAGAUUUGCUCAGAAAUCGAUCUAACGCUUCUGCCUCCAUCUCACCUUCAUCAUGACAGACUCCUAUUCGGAUCCUACUAAAUCUAAUAAUACAUCAACAUAUACUUCAAAAUACUAGAUCUUUUCUCUUUCAGCCUUGUCCCCCUUUAUCUUUUUUGUCUUAUUGUAUUGUCAACCAGAUACCAACUAUUGUUCUGAAAGGUAAAAGUCUUUUGAAAUCUUAUAUGCAAUCUAUCGGACUAUUCUCAAUUAAGAGUCUUUGGUGCUCUUGCUUAUGCUUCCACCUUGAUUAAUGAAAGAAAUAAAUUUGAUCAUACGGCUUCUAAAUGUGUUUUCAUAUAUUACCCUUUAUGAUAUAAAGGCUAUAAGCUAUAUGAUUUAAUCACACACAAAGUGUUUAUAUCUAGAAAUGUCUACUUUUAUGAAAAUGUUUUUCCCUAUAAAGAUUAGUUAGCUAAUACUUCACCUAAUAGUGUCAAUUCUUCUAAUUCCUUAAAAAAGAAUAAUCCUGAAAUUUUUCAGCAAAUUUAUAACACCUAUUUUCAUAAUUCUGUAAACACUUCUAAUCAAAACUAUUCAGUUCAUGAAAAUGCUAGUGCUUGUGAUUGUCUUAGACAAACAUCAGAUUCUUUCUAUUUGCUCUAUUACUUUAUAGACUCUUUAAUCUCUUCCUCUUAUCUCUAUGUACAACACAAUCAUGCUAUUGAACAUCAACGUCUCAAACAUGAUGAUACAAAAUUUAAUAGGCAUUAAUUUCUCAAUUUAAAAACAUGUGCUUUUGAAUUUCACAAACUUAUAGCUACAUACAUUAAAAUAGAUCAUCAACAUAGCCACUAAUUUCUGUAUAUGGGUUGUGAUGAUGUUUGUCAUAAUCACCUACAUUCACCGAUGAAAAAUGGUUGAUAUCAACCUUCCAAUUAGAUCAUCAAUCCGUAGGGCAAGGAAGAUAGCUGACCUGGAAUCUCCAGAAUCCUCGUGUAAGCGGCGGAACCCUGCAUCUGCUACGUACAUACGAUUGGAAGUAGUAUUGCCUCGACUAAGCGAGAAUCUGAAUCUCUGCACAAGUAGCCGCAGACAGCAAAAAAGAGAGGUAAAAGACCGAUGAGGGGAAACGACGGAAAUAGGAAAUGGAAAUUCAUGAAGCAUUAACGAAGGAUAACGUAACAAAAUUGAUUCAACUAAGUUAGUAAAUAUUAGAGUGGCACACAAGCAAAUUAUAAGGAGUAUACAGAGCUUUUAAUAUUAGAUCUGUAAACUUAACACAUAUGGCAAGCAUUUAAUGGACCAUGUGGACCAAGUACUCUACCCUAAGUAUAUUAAGGUACCAAAGCAAUCACCUAAAUAUAAUAAUGUCAUAUAUAUGUUACUUUGAAUGCGAAGUCUCUCCACUUCGUAUGCAAAGUAAUGAUUUUACAUCCUACCAAACGCGAUCUAAGUGUCAUUUAUAAUUCACUCAUAUACAAGAAAGUAUUUUUAUACUACUUCUAUCCCUUUUUAUUUAGCUAUCCAUAACUUUUUCAGUAAAAAAUGAUAAACUUGGAUCCAUUAUUUUAACUAAUAUAUUUAUGUGAUACUUAAUACGGAGUAAAUUUAUACGACGUAUUUUUAACGAAAAGAAUAUUUUUCAUGUCAUUUUCUUCUUAUCAAUUUUGCUGUAUAUAAAUAUAUAAUUAGUCAAAAAGUUUAAAAUCUGACUUGAAAAAAUAAACUGUGAAAUUAUUAAAUGAAUUAAAAAAUUUCUACUACUCCGUAUUAUGUCACCAAAGCCUAUUUCUGUCCUUCCUCGCCAGUAGCCCCCAAUGGAAAAAUGAAAAUGGAGUUUUGGGUUCCUCUUUUCAAUAUUUUCUUGAAGUCGACAUGCCCAGAAACCGACGCCUCUCUGUGGCUCCAACAAUCUUUCAAGCCCGCGUCUCCAUCCAUAUCAACAACUUCUUUCAUUUCACUACUUACAAGGAAUAUUGACGUCAAUAUCGUAGACCCUUCAUCUCCGACUUCCACCCCAUCAAACCACGCAAAAAGUGUUAUGUGGAUAAGGACGCUGCCCAAUGCAGUUCAAGCUCGCAUACUGUCGUUUCUUUCAUAUGAGAGCGGAAAGUUCCGUAAAAGAGACUUGUGUAGUCUGGCUGAGAAGAUUUUGCGUGACGGAUUGGAGCUUGAUUUCUGGGUAAAGAGCACUGCACAGCAAUUGCUUGAUGUUCUGUCUGAGUCAAAAUAUGAGUGGGCUUCUUGCUCAAAAUUGGAGGAUGAAUUUGGAUCUUUGCCAGAUUGGCUUAAAGAUGUUGCUGGUAAGAGUGAUAAGGUUCUUCCUUGGCUGCCAAUGUCGCGGAAUGAACUCAUUUCAAGAAUGCAAUUCAGUAGUUCCAGUGAAAAUGAUGAUUUGGUUGUUGAAAUUGAAGAGGACAAAGAAGAUAAUUCAGAUGAAAUAAUGGAAGAAGGCAGCCUCAGCUCUUCUGAAGAUGAUGCUUCUUUAGAACCCGGAGUGGAAAAAGUUGCAGCUUGCCUGAAACUCAAGAUACUAAACUCUGAAUCUACAUUUCAAACAAUAGAAAUGGCCAGGGAAAUACAACGGCUUACCAAAGGAGGAGGGAAUGCUUUGGCGAUUUUAAGCUUAAUUGAACCCUGGAAGGCAGAUGAUGAGACGGUCUCUAUUCUAAUUUCCCACCUGGUGGGUGAAAAGGAAGAUGAGCAUGUUUGGCCAAGUUAUAUUCUCUGCUCAUUUGUUCUUCCCAAACUUUUAGAGCUCCACGAACCUGCAUCCCGGGUGCUGAUAACAGCAAUUGUGGAAUACUGCAAGGUUUAUCAGAAAGCCGCGGAAUAUGCUCUAUUGCUUCCAUUGGUGCUAAAAAUUGGAGGCAUAAACAAUCCAAUUUGUGAUGUUAUUACCAGGAUUGUGAAGGAAUGCUUGCACCCUGGCCAUGCUUCAUCCCUCUGUCAGAGACUCAUAUGUGAACAGGAAGCUGCCCCUAAGUUAAUCUGCCUUCCGUGUCACCAAUGUUUGAUUGGCAGUGAAAUGGUAUGGACAGAUUCAUUAUUUGUUUUGAUGCAAAAUAUUCUAAACCAUGACAUUCAUUUGACUCAAGACUCGGUUGACCGAUUAGUUUAUUGCGCUUGCGAGUGUGCCCGAAAGUUCUCCAAGUCUUUGAAGUUCUGCAACUUUUUGUUAUGUUUGGUAAACAAGUGUGGACCUCUGUUGAAGACACAGAAACUAGCUUUGAUGGAUGCUGUUUCACAUACCAGCACACUUGUAACGAAAUCAAUACUAUCAAAGUUAUCUUCCUUGUGAAUGAUGAUGCUUUUCAAACCAUGUGUAGCUAUUGGACUUCCCUUCUCAUCCUUUCUCCAAGAACGGCAUGACGUCGGGCUGUUUAAUCUAAGAUCACACUGUCAAGAUUUUCCCCGAUCUCACACUUUAACCCCAGUACCCCACCAUAACUGUAUGGUCUCAGACCAGAUGAAGAAAAGGGAUUAAACGAUAAAUAAUGACAAAAGACAAGGUCUAUGCCUUUUAUUGAAAUUGCUAUCACCAUUUAUUUAAAGUUGAUGUCAUCUUUUUUGUUUGUUACACACAAACACAUAUAUAUCUACCCUAUUUGAUUCAUUAACAAAACAUCUUUUUGGUAAUGUAUCUCUCUCUAAGUGUGCAUGUGCAUGUGCAUGUUUGUUAGCCCAAGAACACAAUAUGAAUGAUAACAAGAUCCGCAAGGAAUAUAAGAGAUCACGUUAGUUAGCUCUACAAGCCAUUUGGAUGGGCCUUCCUUUGUGCUCCCCCUUCUAUGGGCAUUGUUGGCCAAUACAGCAACACAAGUCAUCCACUUCUAUUGUCAUAGAGCAUAGCGGAGUAACAACUUGAAGUUCAAUUACUUGCUCGCCCCCUUACACUUGUCCCUUAUCCCCACCAUAUUUCUCUCGACUAGCUUGCGGAUGGGAAUAGUUUCUAUUUUCAAUUUGUAUCUAAAGCUUUCUGAAACAUAAGAAAAAACCUUCCAUCUUGCUUUGCAGAGACUGAGAGACCUAAUAAACUAGCAAC